AGUACUGUUUCAUUGAUUAUUUAUUUAUUAAUUUAUGUAUCUCUUGGAUCGCACGAAAGAGAAUUGCAGUUAUAUUCAUGAAAUUAAUAGUUUCAUCUUGAUUAAUGAGUGAAUUAAGAUAAAUCGUAAUAUGGUUAUUAUACGUAACCAAAACUUAUAAGCCAUUAAUAAAUACAAUGGGACAUUGAAUAAAUCAAUGACCCAUUGAUUCGACCGCUAUCUCGUGUUUGUUGUGUUCAUACAUCACAGAGUGAAGGUUUUGAGUAUACUCAUGAUCAAAUCUGUUCAACUCGAUAUCGCACUCAUCUGAGCAAUUAUAUCGUUAGAAGGACCUAAGUAUAUAGAAUAGUCGUACUGCUAUACUGGUACUCACUGGUAGUGGAGGUGGAAGAGAACCAUAACAGAACCCAAGUGAGACGGGUUCGGUUCACGGUCAGUCUAUAGUCUCCAGUCUAGAGGAAGAGUGUAUUGUCUGUUUGUUGACUCGAACUACCUGUUGCAUGUGAACGAUCUGAAUGAUAAUUGAAAUGACUGUGAUACCAAUUAAUGCACAAAGUAAUUCUUCAAAAUAAUGAGGCAAAAUAACAUGAUUGCCGGACCAAUAAGAAGAUGUAAAAAAGUGUUUCCAGCAGUAGUAUUUUUUGUAACAAUUGUGAUAAUUAUAAUCUGGAGGAUAGUGCACUUGAACAAAGAGGAUGAACUAAAUCCGAAACAUAUCUUUAGGAAAAACAACCAAGAAGAAUAUUAUGAUAGGCAAGGCAUCAAAGUAGUUGUAGGACAUUAUGUAGGAAAUUCUGUAAAUAAUAUACCAAUCGCAACAUAUGAUAUGAUCAAUACAAACAAGUUCAACCCAAUAUCUAGUGCAGGAAGGAAUGGAUAUCCUGUAGUUAUCGAACCAAAGGAUUUGGUGGAAAUGCAACAACUUUUCCAGAUAAAUAAAUUCAAUUUAUUGGCAAGUGAUAGGAUUCCACUGAAUAGAAGUUUACCUGAUUAUCGGAGAAAAAAAUGUACUAUGCUCUUCAAAGACUACCAGAGCUACCCAAAAACCAGUAUAAUAAUAGUUUUCCACAACGAAGCUUGGUCGACUUUGCUGAGAACUGUAUGGAGUGUUAUAAAUCGAUCUCCACCAGAACUGAUUGAAGAGAUAAUAUUAGUCGAUGAUGCCAGUGAAAGAGAAUUCCUCAAGAAGCCAUUGGAAGACUACGUCCAAACCUUGCCAGUAACAACCCGAAUAAUAAGGAAUGCUGAAAGAACAGGUCUCAUCAAAGCAAAGCUGAAGGGCGCUGCAGCAGCCAAUGGCGAGGUCCUCACGUUUCUAGAUGCCCACUGCGAGUGCACCAUAGGGUGGUUGGAACCUCUUUUAUAUGUGAUAAAGCAUAACAGAAAAGCAGUUGCUUGUCCUGUUAUCGAUAUUAUAAAUGAUGACACGUUUGCUUACGUCAAGAGCUUCGAGUUACAUUGGGGAGCUUUCAAUUGGAAUUUACAGUUCAGAUGGUAUACCCUAGGAGCGAAAGAAAUGAAAUUGCGUAAACAAGACGCAACGCAGCCAUUCAACUCUCCGACCAUGGCUGGUGGUCUUUUUGCCAUGGAUAAAAAAUAUUUCUUCGAUAUUGGUGCUUAUGACGAUAACAUGAAUGUAUGGGGAGGCGAAAAUUUGGAGAUGUCAUUCAGAGUGUGGCAGUGUGGAGGAAAAAUUCAAAUCGCACCAUGUUCCAGAGUUGGGCACAUUUUCAGGAAAUCUUCACCUUAUUCAUUUCCCGGCGGUAUAAGCAAGACACUAUUCUCAAACUUGGCAAGAGUAGCUUUAGUAUGGAUGGAUGAUUGGGCAAACUUUUAUUUCAAAUAUAAUGAGCAGGCAAGGAGUGUGAAAAAUGAACAGAAUGUAACCUCAAGAUUGGAAUUGAAGAGCAAACUGAAAUGCCAGAACUUUGAAUGGUAUUUGGACAAUAUCUGGCCCCAACAUUUCUUUCCGAAAGAAGAUAGAUUCUUUGGUAGAAUACGAAAUGAAGGAGUGGAUCUAUGUUUGUUGAAACCAGACAGAAAAGGAUUGUCGAAUCAGCCGAUGGGCAUUGCAAAAAUCGAUAGGUGUUUAGGGGAUGAUACAGAGAUCGAAAUGUUCGUUAUGACUAAAGACGGAUUCAUCAUGACUGAUGACUCGGUGUGUCUAGAUGCUCCUGAGAAAGUAGGGUUGGGACCGAUGAAGGUUCGAAUAAAUGCAUGCAGUGGAUUCAACAGACAAAAAUGGGAAUAUCAAGAGAAGACAAUGGAAUUGCGUCAUGUUACCAAUCACAAAUGCCUCGAUGUGAGCGAUUCCAAGGAAUUCACAGAAGGACUCAUUAUAACUGAUUGUGAUGGCCGAAAGACCCAAAAAUGGAAAUUGGAAUCAGUACCCUGGAAAUGAAAUUCCAUUCUCGAGGGAAGUUUUCCGCAGACUAUAACACAUUGUCGAAUUUACUCUGCACCGAUAACAUUAUUUAUUUUUCACAAUAAUUAUCACAUCUCUUCAUCACUGUUCACCUGAUUUAUGCAAAAUUGUAUAGUUCCAUUUCCAAAUAAACGAUUUUAUUGAAUAGUUA